AUGGUCUCCGCCACCGCUCUCCUCCUGGGCGCAAGCCUCUCCUUCGUUUCUGCCCACCCCGGCAAUCUCUCUCCCCGUCUCACGGUCCCUGGCCGUUGGGAGUCCCUUGGUGGAACUUUUGCCCCCUAUGCUCCCUCUGUCGUCGCCUGGGGACCCAACCGUCUCGACCUCUUUGGCGUCGGGCUCGACAGCGCCAUGUGGCACCGUUGGUGGGACGGCCGCUCGUGGAAUAACUGGGAGUUCCUUGGUGGACAGCUCACCUCUUCACCUAUCCCCGCUGCGUGGGGUCCCAACAGGCUCGAUCUCUUCUCUGUUGGGGUCAACAGUUCACUCAUCCACAAGUGGUGGGAUGGCCGCAGCUGGGGUGGCUUCGAGGAUCUUGGAGGCCAGAUCGAGGGUGACCCGUCCGUCGUGGCCUGGGGUCCCAACCGUCUGGAUGUGUUUGCCAAAGGCAAGGAUUCGGCCAUCUGGCAUAGAUGGUGGAACAGGCGCGCAUGGGGAGGCUGGGAGUCGAUGGGCGGUCGCAUGAAGGGUCCCACCUCGACGACUGCUUGGUCUGCCAACCGUCUUGACCUGUUUGCCGUCUCGGCUCAGGACUCUUCUCUCCAGCAUAAGUGGUGGGAUGGGAGCAGAUGGAACAGCGGAUGGGAGAAUCUCGGCGGGACUCUGCAUUCCGACCCUGUGGCGGUGUCUUGGGGGCCGAAUAGGAUCGAUGUCUUUGCUGUUGGUGCGAAGAGGGACUUGAUUCACAAGUGGUGGGAUGGGCGGAGAUGGGCAGGCUGGGAGAGCUUGGGUGGUGUGUUGGAGUUUACGCCUGUUGUGGUUUCGGACCAGGCCAACAGGCUGGAUGUCUAUGUCAUUGGAACUGACAGCGCGUUGUGGCAUAGAUACUGGGACGGCACCGCUUGGAGACCGUGGAGAAGCCUUGGUGGGACUCUAGUCAGCAAGCCGGCUGUUGCUUCCUGGGGGCCUGAUCGCGUUGAUGCGUUUGCUUUCGGCACUGAUUAUGCUAUUUGGCACAACUGGUGA